GUUUUCCUUUAUAGACCUGGUAGCAGUCAACAAUAAGCAAUGAGAAAUUACACAUCUGUGAAACAGUUCAUUCUUCUGGGAUUAUCAGAUGACCCAAAGCUGAAUGUUUUGAUUUUUAUAUUUCUAUUUUCUACAUAUAUACUGAGUAUAACUGGGAACCUGACAAUUAUUACCCUCACUUUGAUAGAUGUGCACCUAAAAACGCCCAUGUACUUUUUCCUUAGGAAUUUCUCUUUUCUAGAAAUCUCAUUCACAACAGUUUGUAUUCCUAGGCUUCUGGUCAGCAUCAUAACAGGGGAUACGACCAUUUCUUAUAAUUCUUGCAUGGCCCAGGUGUUUUUCUUUAUACUCCUCGGUUCAACAGAAUUUUUCCUUUUGACUGCUAUGUCCUAUGAUCGUUACGUUGCUAUCUGUAAGCCACUGCACUACACAACAAUAAUGAACAGCAGAGUCUGCAUCCAGCUUGUAAUUAGCUCUUGGCUAGCUGGAUUUCUCAUUAUCUUUCCACCUGUGAUCAUGGGGCUUCAACUGGAUUUCUGUGACUCCAACAUCAUUGAUCACUUUACCUGUGAUUCCUCUCCUAUGCUACUGAUCUCCUGCACAGACACAGCCUUUCUAGAGUUCAUGGGAUUUUUCCUGGCCAUAUUCACUCUCAUGGUAACCUUAACAUUAGUGACUCUUUCCUAUGUAUUCAUCCUUAAGACAAUUCUGAGACUUCCUUCUGCUGAACAAAGGAAAAAGGCCUUUUCCACUUGUUCUUCACACAUGAUUGUUGUCUCCAUUUCUUAUGGAAGCUGCAUUUUCAUGUAUGUCAAAACGUCAGCAAAAGAAGGAGUGGCUUUGACCAAGGGUGUAGCGGUGCUCAAUACCUCUGUUGCCCCAGUGUUAAAUCCUUUUAUUUACUCCCUAAGGAACCAGCAGGUAAAACAGUCCUUUCAGAACUUGAUCAACAAAUGUUUUUCAAAUAAAUUUUAGUCACAAAGGAAUGUAUAGCCUGAACUUGAAAUGGAAACUUAUCUGUAACAUAAUACUGACAUUGUUCUAUAUCUCCAUCCAGUACCAUUAAUAUAUUCAACUAUUU